GCUCAUAAGUGGAUAUACUAAUCACUCUACUGGGUACUGUACAUACAUACCACAUGCGACCCCUCCAACUCUUGCGUUGCCGCCAACUCCAUAAGCCACCACCCAACCUCAAUCUGUCGCAUAAGCGCCGUCCCUCGGUGAUUCGGCACGAAAUGAGCUCUCUGGCCAGUAAAAAGACGUCGGUGCCUCAUAAGCUGCGCACCGCAGCAGAACCCCGGCAAAAUGUUCUGUACAAUGUGCGGCUAUCACAUAUCGAAGAGGUCAAUCCUACCGUACGGCUGCUGCACUUGGCCAUCCCUCCGCGGGUGCAAGCGCUAGAGGAGUCAAACCAGGGUGAAGAGUCUGAUCAACCUCAGCCAUUCACUUUCGCUCCUGGUCAAUGGCUAGAUGUGCAUAUCCCGUCGAUAUCCGACGCCGGGGGUUUCAGUAUUACCUCAACACCAGCAGAUGCUGAAGCCCUCCCCUCUCUUCAGCCCACGACAGAGUCACUUGCCGUGGAAGACGAGGAAACAGGCCUUCCUCCCGUGGACCCGAGAGGCAGAGACCCGUACGUGGAACUAGCCGUUCAAAAAGCACUCUCCAAUCCCGCCAGCGCCUGGCUCUGGAAACCCAGGGAUGAAAUUCUAGGAAAGGAGCUAUGCAUCCGAGUCGGCGGGAGCUUCGUCUGGCCUCCUCCGUCUGGGAUAGAUCUCGAAAAGGUCAAAAACGUAGUUCUCAUUGCUGGGGGAGUGGGUAUCAAUCCAUUAAUUUCUAUCCUCUCACAUUUAAAUAACAAUGCAGACGAAACCCCAGCUUCACACCACCCUUUCAAUAUCCACUUUCUCUAUUCUACUAAACUCCCAGCAACAGCAUCCCAGAAAGCUGCCACAUCUCCUGAACCCGUUUUGGACCAAAUCCUCUUUCUCUCUCGCCUCCGUCAGAUCAUUCAUUCCCAGUCUCAGUCUCAUCGGUUACGCAUAACCCUCGAUCUGUUUGUUACUAGCUUACGAGAUGCAUCAUCUCCACUUCUGCUAGAACAGCCCAAUGAUUUGAGUAUUCACCCACGGAGAAUAAAUCAGGAUGAUCUGCGUACGGCGCUUACUGGGCCGAAUGGCGAUAUCCAGGCUGAGGAGACGGUUUGUUACAUGUGCGGACCGCCUGCCAUGACUGAUGAGUUUGUCGCUACCCUUCGAGGUCUCAUGGGUGAUAGGAGUGAUCGUGUUUUUUUCGAAAAAUGGUGGUAGAGUGUUUACCAAUAGUAAAUGCCACUCAUUCCUAAUAACAUGGAUAUUGGUGCGGAUAUGUAUGAAUAAGGAAGUAGCAAACAGAAAAUAGCAUUCUUUUCAUGAUACCUUCGAUCCCCUUUCCCACGAAUCCAAACUCCCCAGCCGACGCCCUCUAGAGCCAGCGUAUGUUGACGUCCUCGC